CUUUUGGAUGCUGUUUGGCAUCGAAGGUCUCCACAGAGCAGAGUGCUGCCAUUUUGCAAUUAGAACGCUACUCUCUGGAAGACAUCUCUGCGUCCCUGGUGCAAAUUCAACCACAAUGAAGCCGCAGGACUUGGCGCACUGUAUACCACCAAUGCUCGAACUGAGCGAGUCGGACGUGGUGUCGCUGCGAGAACUGGCCGAUACAUUGGUGACACACAACCUCCAAAGCUACAGAUCGCUGCAAGUGUCUUCGGAUGGCCACGCGGACGCCAGACGAUGGAAAGAGUUGCGUCGCAAAGACGACAUCAGAGUGUACAAGGAGCGGAGCGCUGCGUCCUGGUCGACGCUGCCGUGCCUCCCGUCACUGCUUCUUUUGGGUAAAGUGAUCGGUAAGCUCGAGGACGUCAUGUUCGUAGCUGCAGCAUCUACAGACGAGCAGAUGAAGCUCACGUCUAGGUGUAUACAAGACGGUGUGGUAGACAGCAAAGUAGUGAAGUCAAUCGUGCAGCCGACAGACGACCACCCGUUCCGUCACGUCGGCGUGAAGUGGAGACUCCGCGAUACACGGGACUACGUCUGUUUAGACGCAACGGGUAUCACCACCAGCUGCAACGGAGAGCAGCUUGGCUUCAGCAUCUCACACUCCGUCGCGUUCGCAAAGAUCCCGAGCUUGGGCAAGUUCGGAGUCGAGCGGGCGAAUAUGUCGGUGUGUUAUCUGUUCCUUCAAAAGACCCCGGAGAUUGUUGAGUGCUACGCACGAGGUUUCUUCGACUUCCGUAGCGAUAGCAAUGAGCUGUUUAGUAAUCUGUCCAUGAACGCGGUGGCUACACACUGGUUGAGCUUAUCUAAGUACGUCGAAUGCGCCGAGAUCAAGAAGAUCGUGUGGCGUCUGCGCAAGAACUCCGGCUUGCCGGUCAACGGGCCGAUGGCCAUUGAGCCAGUCAAAAUUACGACUCGGAGCGUUAAUACAGAAAACGACGCCAGCGGCUGUAGUGUCUGCAAGCGCAGCUACGGUUUCUCACUGCGACGGACGUGCAAGAUCUGUCAGUGUGGCGUCUGCUCUGGCUGCAGCGUCAAGAAGCUUGUGUGCGUCUUAGCGCCUGAUCGUCGCACUAUAUUAGACAAGAAGCGCACGUUUUGCACCACGUGCAUGUGCGAGGUGACUCGGAGCGACGCCGUGGCCAUCACGAGGGACGAGAUUCGUGAGCUGCAGAGACCAGAGCCACAGGAUGGCGAUUUAGAGUCCACUGAUGAGCGUAUUGCACGCUAUGACAAGACCUCCUGCUGAGCUCAACAUGCUACGUGUACCUCAACCGUAGCCCAGAAGGUUAAUAGAGUUACUGACAAUAAAUGGGCAUUUCAAUGAUUGAAAUACCCAGCGACGUCUACUUCGGACUCCAAAGUUCAGAGUUGAGUAUAAGCUCUUCUGCACGGU